UUCGCUGAGCCAAGUCAUUUGAUUUAAGCACUCUCGCAUGGUCGACCUCGCAUCUCCGCUCUCGCUCGCCGUCGCUCUCCACUUGCAGCACGACAGUGGGUCCCGGCCCUGUUCGCCGCGCCGGAGGCUCUCGGCCGCCCGCGCCAAAGACCUCGAGCUGAGCCGCGACGCUACACCGCGUCUAUCGCUCUCGCCGGACGCGCUGCGCAAAUUGCACAUUUCAAUGCCGACACGCGCCGACGAGAAGCCGCUCGUGCUCUCGGCCCGCGAGACGUCCGAGUGUUUCGUGUCGCAAAUGCUUUCUCAGUUCAGCGCGACAUAGACAACGCAGAAGCACAGACCCUUGUAACUACUAUAAGCAGGCAUAGGAACUUCUACUA